CUUUAGCAAACUCUGGCCGAGAACUUCUUUUUGGGUUUUUUUUCAUUUACUGAAAAGCUUGGAGAAAAUGAUUCCCUGUGGUUGAGCCUGCUCUGCUCGGAGCACAAUCUUUGAUACAUGGCACUGGAUUCUUUUAUUCCGACUGCAUUUACUCGUCUUCAGUCCGGCACCCUUGUGUCCCAUUAACCUUGUGCGUUAGUUCUCGCUGCAGAGUCUUAUUUCAUUUAACGAGAAGUAAUGGUCUUUAAGUCUCGUUAUUGCACAUUAUGUCGCUUUACGUGCUACGCUAAAAGGUGCUGCUGCUGCCACCAAACGACAGCAAAAUUUCUGCAACUUCAAGAGCGUCCCUAUGAGCGCAGUGUCGAAAAAUGGUAGGGCGUACAGGCAGCGAAAGGUCGGCAUCAAGACGGUGAUGCCGAUCUACCGCGAAAACGAGAUUCCUGAUUUCGAUGAAGAGACUUCCAUGCAGCGUACCGUGCCUCAGGUCGAGUCUGGCGUGGAAAAGGAAGAAGAAGAGGAACGACAUCUGCAGCUGGUAAUUCAUGCUGCACAUGAGGCCAUCGUUCAGGGUGCGGAAAAGACUGCAAUAAUUCCCACCCGUCCAGCUGUUCCUGUCGGUAUGCUGCCGAAAUUCUACAAGAAGGAUUAUUCCGUGCCGACAACAUGGUUACGAUUUUCUAUGACAGUUGAGGAAUGCGCGGCCCCAAUGUACUGCAUGGAUGAACGUGAUGUUAGUCAGUGGAUUGAGCUGCGAAAGCAACACCAAGAGCUGGAGCGGUUUUCGGAUGACGAUUAUGAGUUGUGCAUGCAGACCUUUGAAGACGCCAUCAGUGAGAAACAGCCGUAUUUGUCCAUUGAUAAGGCUCAAAUCCUUUCGCGGGACGAAAUUCUCCCAUUCUUUGAUGAAAAAGGUGUUUCCUCGUUGAAGCCACUAGCAACUGAGCUGUAUGGUUAUUGGCGUUCUCGCAAAUUGGAGCGCUCGGGUUUGUCUGUGAUGCCUUCCAUUCAAAUUGGUGAUGAUAAAGACAAAGAUGACCCGUAUAUCUGUUUCCGGCGUCGCGAGGUCCGUCAGCCUCGCAAAACUCGCCGCUCAGACUUGCAAUCCUUGGAGCGGCUGCGGAAGUUACGCAUCGACAUGGAAACUAGCUUGUUUCUUUUGGAUCAAGUAUUACAACGUGAAAACAAAAAACUUGAAUUGCUUCAAACGGAUCGCUCUGUAUUCCAGCAUCGCUGUAUAAUGAAACGGUUGAAGCGCACACUCAGCAUAAAGGACAGCGACGUUGGGUUGUUCAGUCCGAAGCGGCGGCCCCCAGUUAUUGAUCAGAAGCCUUCCAAGACUCACCUUGCACCGUCCGUUAGCCAUGCGGAGGGCGAAUUUGCAUCCGAAGGUUCGGUGGAAGCAGGAGUUGCACAAAAGCAAUAUCGUGCUUCAACAGCAACUGGUGCCGCUGCUGCUUAUCGGCCUAUUCCCACUCAGAUACACGAUGCGCACCCGGUGCGAUAUUUGGAGGAUGUGCAAGCGGAUGCGUAUACACACUUUCAAAUUCGUUUACAACAAGAAAUUGCCAAGCGUGCCCAGUCAAGCCUCAAAUGGGUUGAUCUUUUGGAGAAUCCUGGAACAGCGUUACCAUUUGCACUUCCUGAGACGUUUUAUCGCAACGUCGAAUUUUUCCCGACGAAUGGUAAGACGGGGCUUUCCCAGCUUACAGCCUCGCCUUCAGAUUCAGCGCCAUCUCCAAGUUCGGAAGAUACCGCGUCUGAGGAUGGUCAGCAGCUGUAUUUAAGCGGUCGGCGUCGUGAUUCAACCACUUCUGCUUCUGAAGUGCUCUAUCGGUAUUCCACCCACUGCACACCUCGCAAUGCAGUAACCGUGAGGCGCCGUAUGGGACGAGGCGGACGUAUUAUUUUGGACCGGACAUAUGCCUUGCCCAUGCACCAACCGCGAUCGACAACCUCGAGGCUUAAAGACCGUUGGCUGUUUCACACGCCGUUUGACGCUGAUGACACUAUUAUUUUAGACGAUGAGUCUGAUGCCUCCGUAUUGUAUCGUUCACAGCUCCUUCGCCUGCACGCGGACACCGCAGCGAUCACCGAAAACGCUGUCAAAUAAUUCCUCGCUUCUUUCAACUCUUUUGACCCGACACGUUUUUGUUUCAGCAUUUCUACAAUCCGUCCUUCUUUUUUCCAUCUUCUUCUCUUUGUCCGUUACGCCUUCUAUCCGGACAGAGGCAACACCCAUCUCCCUUCUUCCUUUCUAAUCUAGACCACGCUUCGGCCAUGACUAGCGAAUGAAUAAUUAAUGACACGCAUUACACU